AUGAACAGCUACCAAUUCGUCCCUGAACCGCACGCUCGUAGCACUCGGCAACAACAGGGGAUACGGUCGAACAAGCGCACCAACUGCAAGAGCUACACGCUUCGAGCCCUCGCCACGCAUGUUCGUCACGAGAUCCCUCUCCACGUGAGUGUAUCAACAGCUACAAGGCAAGAGGACCACGUGGCGUACAACUGCACGGUCUCGAGCGUGACGACCCGAACGAGGUGGAGGGUCUCGUACCGCUAUUCCGAGUUCCUCGCUCUCCGUAAAAAGGUGGAGGAUUCGUGGACGUGCAAGGCCAAGGACUGCUGCGGGUCGUGUCAGGCUAUUCGUAACGCCACGGCAGCUUUUUUUCCAAAGAGACGCCCAGCAAUGAUCUCGAAGUGGUCUCAAGCGAUCAAACAUCGUCGAGCGAAGCUCGAAAACGUGCUGGUGCAUUUGCUUCGAUGUGUCCUGCUGCCAGGUAGUGCAAUGAAGUGCGCUCAUGCGCGUCAGAAACUACCGCCUCAUGUGUUCAAGUUUCUUGGUGUCAAGCGUGACGCGGAUAAGCGCUCACUGCUGCAUGUGUUUGUAGACAGUUUCCAGUCAGGUAUCAAGAACUUGGCGGUUGUCACGGACGUCUCCAUGCUGGAGCAUCAACAUCCGAUGAAGAGAAGGUCAACUUCCUCUCACUUGUCGUCUCUACUUCCAAGAAUGUCUAUCGGAGCUGAUCCGACAAUUGCAGCCCAGUGCGCCAUUUGUCUUGACGCUGUGAGCUCGAGUACUUCUACUGAAGUCGAUGCUAGCAGUAGCGACAGUCCGAUCGCCUUGCAGUGCGAACACACCUUCCACCGCACGUGCAUUUUUGAAUGGCUGCUGUUCCAGUAUGACUGCCCAGUGUGUCGAGCUCAGGUGGGGUUUUCUGCUGUGACCAACUACUGCCGUCCGAAGAAUCAAGUCCAAUGGUGGCUCAGCGACUUUAAGGAGAACCCGCUGACUUCAACAGCCCUGUAA